AUGAGUUCCAUAGACAUCCGGCGACACUCUCGCCGGAGCAAAUCUGUUUCAUACUCRGAACCAAUCUCCGAUGAUUCUUCUAUCCCAUCAACGCCACUGCGAUAUCUCGGCAUCCCCUUUUCUUGGGAGCAAUUCCCUGGAAUCCCCAAGAAAAACACUUACAAGAAGCUUCACGAAUCUUCACAGAAUCUCCUCCCACUGCCACCGUCGACUAACAAGUCUCCGAYGAUGAAGAAGAAUAAGAGCAGCCAAAAUUUCAGAAAAGAUCCAUUUUUUGCAGCCUUCGUCGAGUGUUCCAAAGACAGUGAUGAUACUWAUAAUGAUAAAGAAUUGGGCGACCGAUCUGGAUUUGUGGUGAACAUGUAUUCUUCUUGCAAGAGAACUUGUUCCGUUUCUGAAUCGAUUGUUUACCGGCGGAGAUCGRCGACAGAUUAUUUGUGA